AUGCCUACUCAGUCUAAUGUUAAUCCUUCCGAUAUUCAGCCCAACCAAAAAAGCCAGCGUCGUUGGCUAAAGGACGCUGGAUACUCUGAUUUCAACCACUUCAUGUUAUCCUACGGGCUGAAAAUGUAUAACGAUGAUGACGUGGAAGAGGCCCACGCUAUUUUAAGCUGCUUGCGACAGGCUGAUCAGGCGAUUCUACGCUUGAAAUUACAGUCGUUCGGCCUUUUCUCUCGCCUAACCUCCCCUUUCAGAGAAAAACUCCCAUUUCUAAGCAAACGUCCGAACGAUCUCGAGUCCAAAAUCCAAUUGGACAUAUCAGAAGGCACUUCAACAUGCGAAACCUACGCUGUGCGUUUACAACCUCAGCAUGAUCUGGUAGUCUUGGGUGUCGGAGCUGCUGGCCAGGUCUACAAUGUUAGCGACAAAAUUGUUCUCAAGACUUGUCGAAUUUUCGCAUUACCUAGUAGUGAUGCCUCUCGAAGCGAGCUUUGGCAUUAUGCUUCGGAUACACUAUUUCAUUUUAAUUUAUUAAGAGAUGAACGAACUGUCUUGCAGCUGCUACAAAAUAGACCACAUCCCCACAUUAUACAAGCCAUCGAUACCGAUCAGCCGGAGGGACUAUAUCUUCACAGAUAUCAACAACUACCUGUAGAUGUGAAAUCAACACAGGCUCGCCGGAUUAGAUUAUACCGUGAUAUUGCCGAUGCUCUGUGUCACCUCCACAGCCUUGGUAUCAUACACGCCGAUAUAAGGGUUGAUAAUGUACUUUUUGAUGAUCAGUCUUUAGCUAUUCUUUGUGAUUUCAGCGCUGCCAGCCCUUGCGGUCAACCCAACCCAGUCUUUCCAGAUCUCCCGCUUCCGGUUAACGGCCCCUCGCCGAUUUUAUCUGAGGCAUCCGACAUGUUUGCACUAGCUUCGCUCAUAUUUCACCUGGAGCACGGAUUCGCCCCUAAACUGUCACUUGAGAAUGGGAGACUAGCUUUGCCUGAAUUGAAAUCAGGGGACCCAUGCAUUGAUGAAAUCAUACAGACAGCCUGGCUUGGAAAUUACAGCCGCACGUCAGAUAUGGUAUAUCAUCUAGCUUUAAUUGAUGCCCAGACGAAUCAUUACGCUGAAAGCCUUGAGGAACUCCCUGAUUUCGAAGAUUUGAAGAAGCAGGUCACAGAUUGGAAAAACUACCGAAAACAAAAAUUUGGAUGCGUCCUCGAAGGGAUUCUUUCAGAGGAGCAAUUAAAAGUACUGGCUGCACGAUAUGAUAUGGAUCCAAAUGCAGAUCUACGAUUUCCUCAUGACAGCUUGCUCUUGUAA